AGGAACGUACGACGAGCGCGACAGGACUGAAGGAGCAAGGGAAGGCGCUCCCCGAUCCAUUUGUUUGCGCCGGCCAGCCGCGAGAUGUCCUUCUUCUUCCGUGGCGGGUCGCGGCAGCGCCCGACGCCGCAGGAGAUCGUCCGCUCCAUCAAGGACUCCCUCGUCGCCCUCGACACCAAGACCGGCGCCAAGGCUCUAGAGGAUGCUGAGAAAAACAUACUUACGUUGAGGCAUGCGCUUUCUGGUGAUGGAGAAGUAGAACCAAAUCAAGAGCAGGUUUUGCAGAUAGCCCUUGAGAUCUGCAAGGAGGGUGUUCUUUCCCUCUUUGUUCAGAAUCUUCCUUCCUUGGGUUGGGAGGGUAGAAAGGAUCUUGUCCACUGCUGGUGUAUUUUGUUGAGACAGAAGGUUGAUGAAAGCUAUUGCUGUGUGCAGUAUAUUGAAAAUCAUGUUGACCUUUUGGAUUUCCUUGUUGUUUGCUACAAGAACUUGGAAAUUGCGUUGAACUGUGGGAACAUGUUACGAGAAUGCAUAAAAUAUCCUACACUUGCAAAAUAUAUACUGGAGUCAAGUAGCUUCGAGUUGUUUUUCCAGUACGUUGAAUUGCCAAACUUUGAUAUUGCUUCUGAUGCUCUGAACACAUUCAAGGAUUUGCUAACCAAACAUGAAGAUGCAGUCUCUGAAUUUCUGAGCUCCCAUUAUGAACAGUUUUUUGGACUCUACACAAGGCUUUUAUCUUCAACUAAUUAUGUGACAAGAAGACAAUCAGUGAAGUUUCUUUCGGAAUUUCUGUUGGAGGCCCCAAAUGCUCAAAUAAUGAAGCGGUACAUUUUGGAUGUUCAUUACUUAAACAUCAUGAUUGGUCUGCUGAAGGAUUCAAGCAAAAAUAUCAGGAUUUGUGCCUUCCACAUUUUUAAGGUAUUUGUUGCCAAUCCAAACAAGCCUCGUGAGAUUGUUCGAGUUUUGGUUGACAAUCACAGAGAAUUGUUGAAGCUACUCCACAAUCUCCCCACAAGCAAAGGCGAAGAUGAACAACUUGAUGAGGAGAGAGAUUUAAUUAUUAAACAAAUCGAGAAGCUUGUGCGCUUAUCAGUAUAAACCCUCAAGAAUAUCCUUGGGAUCAGGACAAGGCAACCCCUUUCUCCCGUUAAUAUUUUGAAGACAUCCCGUGUAAUAUGCUGCCCUGUAUAGAGGUUGUUUUUUAUAGGGAAGAAAUUUGGCCACGAAUUUCAUUCUACGCAAGAAUACUUGGCAUUCCUAUCUGAAUUUGUGGACAUGAUACAUUGGUAAAUGGAAAUCGCAACAGAUUCCAUGUCUGGAAUAAUUUGCAUCAUGACGUGUUACCAUUGGGGAUUAGGAGAGAAUGUCAGACGUUUGAUGAUUUGAAAUGGAGUUUGCUUGUUAUA